AUGAACUCCCUCUUUAACGCCGUGCUGAAACAGUCGGCUGCCGUGCGUCGUGAUUUAGACACAUUUGCUGAAUCCCCUACCUCAUCCCCCGCAGCUCUGCAAGGCCAGAUAUCUGCCUCUCUUGCAUCACUCUCCCGGACCAUUGAUGAUUAUUCCUCACUUUCGAAAAAAGAACUUAUACCUGAAAAGCAGCAGAAGGCAUUUGAGCGGUUAAAAACUUUCAGGGCAGAACUGGGCGAGUACAGGUCGCAGUUCGAUAACUUGAAGAGAGAGCGCGAAGACGCACAAACUACUACCAACCGAAGCGAGCUCCUAGGACGCCGACCACACCAUGCGGCUACACCAGAAAACCCUUAUUCCCAGUCCUCACUUCCCGCAUCACAAUCACCCUUUGCACGGGGCUCGGCUAGCGGAGGCCUAAGCUUUGGCGCAGGUCCUUCAGAGUUUAACCGAGAACAACAUGCGCUACGGGAGCAGUCAUUUAUGUCAAGCACAAAUGCACAGUUGGAUGAAUUUUUAGACCGCGGCCGAGCUGUGCUGGGAGAUUUAGGGCAGCAGCGAGAAAUCCUUAAAGGGACACAGAAGAGGCUAUAUAGCGUAGCCAAUACACUGGGUAUCAGCGGAGAGACAAUUCGAAAGGUGGAGAGGAGGGCUAAGCAGGAUAAAUGGAUAUUUUGGGCAGGGGUUCUAAUCUUCUUUGGAUUUUGCUGGAUUGUGCUUCAUUUUCUGCGCUGA